GCUGGCUGGCUCCACGCUAAAAACGUUGUAGAGAUAGAAAAAUAAUUGAAGGGUUUUCCUUAACUCUCUUUUUCUUUUUCUUUUUUUGAAAAAAAAAAUUCAAUCUUUUAAUUCUCACUCUAUCAUGAUUUUUGCGUUCAAUUGCUUCCACCUUCGGUUUAAACUUGGUACACCUCUGUCACAAAUGAUAUGUUUCAAACUUGAUGCUUUGACCCCGUCAUUAGUGACCACAUUGAGGUCCAAAUGAUGCGUGUUUCCUGACUAUUUCUAUAGUAUUGUGACUUGAUUCAGAAUGUGGAACUUUGCAUCUAGUUUAAUUGCUGGAAGUGUGGGUCUGAAAAAUGAUUCUGCAAAACCAACUCACCCUGCUUCAGAAUGUUCUGAUGAUGAGACUUCUAUGGUAACCAGAGAGGAAAGGCUGGAAUGCCCAAUAUGCUGGGAAUCCUUUAACAUUGUUGAAAAUGUGCCUUAUGUCUUAUGGUGUGGCCACACCCUUUGUAAAAAUUGCAUCCUUGGAUUACAAUGGGCUGUGGUGAAAUUUCCAACGCUGCCAAUUCAGCUUCCGCUUUUUAUCUCCUGCCCAUGGUGCAACCUUUUGUCUCUCCGUUUAGUUUACCGGGGAAAUCUGAAAUUCCCUCGCAAGAACUACUUUCUUCUUUGGAUGGUUGAGAGCAUGAACGGUGAUAGAGUGAAGUCGCAUUCUACUGUUUGUGGGGAUCAUCAACCAGUCUGGCCAAUACUUAAAGACAGUUUAACCAAUGGAAGCCAAGAAGGCCAUGGCAUCCCUUGGAGAGGGCAAGUUUGCCAUACAGAGUCUUCAAGUUCCAAUCAAUAUCAUGGCAAUACCAGUAAUUACCUAAGUAUAGAAACACUGCAUACAUCACUGCGGAAGUCGUUGGUUUUAUUUGUUCAUUUGAUAGCAAAGUUCCCAUUGAUCAUUAUAUUUCUUUUGAUUGUCUUAUAUGCCAUACCAGCCAGUGCAGCCAUUUUGGCUCUGUAUAUACUUGUUACCAUUCUGUUUGCUCUCCCAUCAUUUCUCAUCUUGUACUUUGCAUAUCCUAGUUUGGAUUGGCUUGUCAGGGAAAUUAUCACUUGAUAUUGAGGCUGUAUUUCUGCUUUGCAAGCAUUAUGAAUGUAACUUUGCCUCUCCUUGUGGCCCCUUCAUCCAGUGUCUCUACUUCGUAAUUGGCCGACAUUUCCAUUUAUCUUAUCAUAUAUAGCCCCAGUCAAUCUCAGUACGCCUUUUGAAUCUUUUUGGCUCUGGUUGAGCUUGGCUGGUUAGGAGGAGGGAUAUCAGUUUUUGGCAUAAACUAUUUGGACAACCAAGGCCGUGGAGUGAAUAAGGUAAUGAAUCGUGAUUUUGCCUUUUCCUGGUGGCAAAUGGUUGUUUUUAUCUGUAUUUGAACUUCAGAAGAACACCCUAAUUUAUUCAUCAAGUGGGUCAUUAUCAGAAAAGCUGUUUUUUUUUUUUUUCAUGGGCACAUUUGGAUGCUCCUAUGAAUACUGCUGACAGUAUUUUUGCUAAUUGUAAUCUGUAAUUAUUAUUAGUAGAUUUAUUUUCCUGGCAAUUAAGAUA